CAAAUCAAAUCCUCGUCGAGCCAAGCCGCAGCGGAGCGCCAUGGAGAGGCUUAUCUCUUCCUCGCCGCUCCUCCGCCGCGCGCCCGUCGCGGCCGCCGACGGCGUCACCAAGCCCCGGACACACAGGCCACCCUUCGUCGCGUUCCCUCCAUGCAACGGAGGAGGGCUCGGGCCCUCGCUCAUCAGGCCGCCCCUCGCGUCGCUCCUCUCCCGGCACCGCCCGACGCCUCCUCCGGCCCCCGCCGCCUCCGGCGGCGCCGGCACUGCUCCCACAACUGCGGCGGAUGGUGAGGGUGAUGCCGCGUCCAACACGCGCCGCCGCUUCUUCCAGAAGGUGACUUCUGCUGCAGCUGUCACUCUGCUCUCGGCGAUCAUCCUGACGCUGGUCCAGCCAUCCUGGGCGCCUCCGGCGUUGGCGCACUACCACCCCACCGCCAAAGCCGGCACCACCCUCUUCAAGUCCGAGCUCCUCGGCAGCGCGUGGACGGGGUUCCUCGCCGGGUGCCUGCACACGCUCUCCGGCCCGGACCACCUCGCCGCGCUGGCGCCGCUCUCCAUCGGCCGUUCCAGGGUGGAGAGCGCCGUGGUGGGCGCGCUCUGGGGCUGCGGCCACGACGCCGGCCAGGUGAUCUUCGGCCUGCUCUUCCUCGGCCUCAAGGACCGCCUCCACAUCGAGAUCAUCCGCACCUGGAGCACCCGCGUCGUCGCGCUCACGCUGCUCGUCAUCGGCGCGCUCGGGAUCCGGGAGGCCAGCGAGGUGCCCACACCGUGCGUCGCGCUGGACGGCGGCGAGUGCGACGUCGGCGGCGUGGUGGACCACCGCCACCACCACCACCACACCGUGGGCGAGACCCUGCCGGGCGGGAAGAAGAAGAUCAACUUCGCGACGUUCGCCACCGGGAUCGUCCACGGCCUGCAGCCGGACGCGCUCAUGAUGGUGCUGCCGGCGCUGGCCCUCCCCUCGCGCGUCGCCGGCGCCGCAUUCCUCGGCAUGUUCCUCGUCGGGACCGUGGUCUCCAUGGGGAGCUACACCGUCUUCAUCGGCUCCUGCACGGAGGCGCUCAAGGACAGGAUCCCUCGGAUCACGGAGAAGCUCACGUGGGCGGCGUCGCUGUUGGCGAUUUCCAUGGGGCUCGCCAUCCUCGUCAGCCAGUCCUUCGGCAUCACCUUGUACUGACAUGAUUCAAUCGCAACGGUGUCUUCUUCUUGCUCCCUUCGCGUUCUAGUUCUGCCUCCCUGUCCCUGGUGCUUUCAUUUCUGGAGCUGCUAUUGAGUAGGAACCUCGUAUGAGAUCGAAUUUUCCUGUCAUGUGCGAGAAUUCUGCGCACCUUCCUCUCGAUCGAGAGGCACUGCUUUAGGAUUGAUCAUCAGAUGAAUGAGUUGCAUAAGGUGAUCUUCAGAUGAGUGAAUUGCAUAUAUUAGGUGAUCCUCGUACGAGUAAUAAAGAUGAUCAUAUAUAAUAUGAGUGAUAUAAGUUAUUGUGUGUAUUUUUUUUUGAACGAACGAUCACAGACUGCGCCAUUUUCUAUUAAUAUAGAAGAGAAUUGUGUGUAUUGGUUGUA